AUGUCUUUUGUUUUGAACUGCCCGACACAAUUGCAAAAUGGUGUUAACAUUUAUUCAAAUAUUAGAUUAGUUAUUUCAGAUCCAAUCCUUAAAGAAUUUCUGAUACAUUGGCCAAAAAGAAAUUAUUUCGCAUUAUCAUUUUUCGCACUCCUAACUUUAAUCGGAGCUGCUAAAAAGGACAAAUGUGAGAAACCAUGGAGAACUUUCAAAAACGUAUGUUUUUACUUUUCGGAUACUAACAACCAAAAAUUUCAAGAAGCUCAAAGUUAUUGCUACAGACAAGGCGGAUUCUUAGCCAGUAUCCGAAGUAGCUCAGAGCAUGGAUUCAUCAUCAAGACUAUCAACGGCAUGGGAUCUUCUUAUCAACGAGUGCGUUGGUUCAUCGGUCUCUACCAAUACGAUCCCAAAGACAACACAGCAUAUCGGUGGCUUGAUGGUAGUGUAUCUAAUUUUCGCAACUGGAUGAGCACUCAACCAAACUCCAUUUACGAACGCUGUGCCAUGCUCGAUGGAAGUAAUGGCUACAAAUGGCGAGAUGAUGUCUGCAGUAAUCGAGCCCUUUUCAUUUGCCGAAAAGAUUUGGACGAUGAGGGUUCAAUGAAUUGCUUCAAGGGCCGCCCUCCACCAGAGCAGAUAUUUGACAAAAAAGACAUCAGUGUCACGGAAUGUCUAGAACACUGCAGAGGUUUAGGCUUUCCACUGGCUGGCGUUGUCCCCCACCGAUGUUAUUGCCUUAAUCCAAAUAAUAUGAACAAGCUUUCUUCAGCAUCGCGACUCAAGUGCAAUGGAAAUUGUGCCAGUCAACACUGUGGCAACCGUGACUUUAUUACCGUUUAUAACUUAACUUUUUAUAAAGACACGGCGGAAUCCUGCGAUGACCUCUCGCAACUAGGAUUCUCAAGUCCAAGCACAUACGUCACAAAAGUUGGAGAUGAAGAAAAAUUGCAAAAUUGUUUUAGCACUGAGGGUAACUAUGUUGAAAUUAUUGCAUGCAAGUUUGCAUGUUGCUAUUCAUAUGCAUAAUGAUUAGUUUUAGUUGCAAUUGUUAUAAAUUAAGAAUCAACAUGAUUGAUAUAUGAAGGAAUUUUUUAAUGUAAAAUUUAUGCAUCAAUUUUUAUUAUAUUUUUUGGUAUUUUUUUAAAACUCACUACAA